GCAGAAUGCAGCAGAGUGAAAACUCUUUCAUUUGCAUUCCGGUCUCUGGUCUACUGCGUACAGCGUGUGCCUACGUCACACGUUGAGCAGCAGCAGCGGCGCAGAGACUCCGACGCCGUCUCUGUUGGACCUGACGGUUCUUUGGAGCUGCUAAUCGGUUCGAUUUUUGUGUUUAUAUCCACGUUCUACGAAUAGGCAUUUGGUCAUUUGAUUCCGAAAUCAACACCGGGAGGAUUUAUUUAAUUUGGAGGCGAAUAUCGGGAAUCUUUAAGCAAAGCGAAAGUAGAGAGUCAAGAUGAGUGUGGAGGCGUACGGGCCGAGCUCCCAGACCCUCACCUUUUUGGACACCGAGGAUGCAGAGCUACUUGGAGCGGACACCCAGGGCUCCGAGUACGAUUUUACCGACUUCACUCUACCCAGCCAGACGCAAACUCAAGGACAGACCCAGAGCCAGUUGGACGGCCAGGUCAAUGGUCCAGAUGAUGGUCUCCUGAACGGCGUGGACGACUCCGUGGCUAAAGCCAGUCAGUUGCUGGCAGAACUGAACUUUGAGGAGGAUGAGGAGGACACGUACUACACCAAAGAUCUACCUGUGCACGCGUGCAGCUAUUGUGGUAUCCAUGAUCCAGCCUGUGUCGUGUACUGCAACACCAGCAAGAAAUGGUUCUGUAACGGACGUGGCAACACAUCUGGCAGCCACAUUGUGAACCACUUGGUGAGAGCCAAAUGCAAAGAAGUGACCCUGCAUAAAGAUGGGCCGCUGGGAGAGACUGUGCUCGAGUGUUACAACUGUGGCUGCAGGAACGUCUUUCUUCUGGGUUUCAUCCCUGCCAAGGCGGAUUCAGUCGUGGUGUUACUCUGCAGGCAGCCAUGUGCCAGCCAGAGCAGCCUGAAGGACAUCAACUGGGACAGCUCUCAGUGGCAACCACUGAUCCAGGAUCGGUGUUUUUUGUCCUGGCUGGUGAAGAUUCCAUCAGAGCAGGAGCAGCUUCGAGCUCGUCAGAUCACUGCUCAGCAGAUCAACAAGUUAGAGGAGCUCUGGAAGGACAAUCCCACAGCGACACUAGAAGAUCUAGAAAAGCCCGGUGUGGAUGAGGAACCUCAACAUGUGCUGCUGCGCUACGAAGACGCCUACCAGUACCAGAAUAUCUUUGGUCCUCUGGUCAAACUGGAGGCUGACUACGACAAGAAGCUGAAAGAAUCCCAGACCCAGGACAAUAUAACUGUCAGAUGGGACCUGGGUUUGAAUAAGAAGCGGAUUGCUUAUUUCACUCUGCCCAAGACUGAUUCAGACAUGCGUCUAAUGCAGGGUGAUGAAAUCUGCCUGCGAUACAAGGGAGAUCUGGCUCCACUGUGGAAAGGCAUCGGCCACGUCAUCAAAGUCCCAGACAAUUAUGGUGAUGAAAUUGCAAUUGAGUUGCGGAGCAGUGUUGGAGCACCUGUGGAAAUUCCUCAUAACUUCCAGGUAGACUUUGUGUGGAAGUCCACCUCCUUUGACAGGAUGCAGAGUGCCCUGAAGACGUUUGCUGUUGACGAGACCUCCGUGUCUGGCUACAUUUACCACAAACUGCUGGGCCACGAGGUGGAGGAUGUUACUAUAAAGUGCCAGCUCCCUAAACGCUUCACUGCCCCGGGUCUGCCUGACCUCAAUCACUCACAGGUGUAUGCUGUGAAGACGGUGCUGCAGAGGCCUCUCAGUCUGAUCCAGGGUCCUCCUGGUACUGGCAAGACUGUCACGUCUGCUACUAUUGUCUACCACUUGUCCCGACAGGGCAAUGGCCCAGUGUUGGUGUGUGCUCCCAGUAACAUCGCUGUGGAUCAGUUGACUGAGAAGAUUGACAAGACUGGGCUUAAGGUUGUCAGACUUUGCGCCAAGAGUCGUGAAGCCAUCGAGUCCCCAGUGUCAUUUUUGGCUCUUCACAAUCAGAUCAGCAACAUGGACAGUAUGCCUGAGCUUCAGAAGCUGCAGCAGCUGAAGGAUGAGACGGGUGAACUGUCUUCAGCUGAUGAGAAACGCUACAGGGCUUUGAAACGCACUGCAGAGAGAGAGCUGCUGAUGAACGCUGAUGUCAUCUGCUGCACCUGUGUUGGAGCUGGAGACCCACGACUGGCCAAGAUGCAAUUCCGCUCCAUUCUGAUUGAUGAGAGCACCCAGGCCACUGAGCCAGAGUGUAUGGUGCCCGUGGUGCUGGGAGCCAAACAGCUCAUUCUGGUGGGUGACCACUGUCAGCUGGGGCCUGUGGUCAUGUGUAAGAAGGCAGCUAAGGCUGGUCUUUCCCAGUCCCUCUUUGAACGCCUGGUGGUCCUGGGUAUCCGACCCAUCCGUCUGCAGGUGCAGUACCGCAUGCACCCCGCCCUCAGUGCCUUCCCAUCCAACAUCUUCUACGAGGGCUCCCUGCAGAACGGAGUCACCGCAGCUGACCGCAUCAAAAAGGGCUUUGACUUCCAGUGGCCACAGCCUGACAAGCCCAUGUUCUUCUACGUAACACAAGGCCAAGAGGAAAUUGCCAGCUCUGGAACCUCCUACCUCAACAGGACGGAGGCUGCAAACGUGGAGAAGAUCACCACCAGGCUGCUGAAGGCCGGAGCCAAACCAGACCAAAUCGGCAUCAUCACACCAUAUGAGGGCCAGCGCUCUUACCUGGUCCAGUACAUGCAGUUCAGUGGCUCCCUGCACACCAAACUAUACCAGCAAGUGGAAAUUGCUAGUGUGGACGCUUUCCAGGGCAGAGAGAAGGACUUCAUCAUCCUUUCUUGUGUCCGUGCCAACGAGCAUCAGGGCAUCGGCUUCCUGAAUGACCCUCGCCGUCUGAAUGUGGCGCUGACCAGAGCCAAGUACGGUGUUAUAAUUGUGGGGAACCCCAAAGCUCUCUCUAAGCAACCUCUGUGGAACAACCUCCUGAACAACUACAAGGAGCAGAAGGUCCUGGUGGAGGGGCCCCUCAACAACCUGAGGGAGAGUCUGAUGCAGUUCAGUAAACCACGCAAGUUGGUCAACACCAUCAACCCUGGCGGUCGCUUUAUGAGCACCGCGAUGUACGACGCUCGUGAGGUUCUCAUCCCCGGCUCUGCUUACGACCGCAGCAACGCUGCCGGGCGUCCAUCCAACAUGUACUUCCAAACUCACGACCAGAUUGGGAUGAUUGGGACAGGCCCCAGUCACAUGGCUGCCAUGAAUAUCCCCAUACCCUUUAAUCUGGUGAUGCCUCCAAUGCCUCCACCCAGCUACCUGGGUCAGACCAACGGUCCAGCUGCAGGUCGAGGAGCCAUGAAGGGCAAACCCGGUCGAGGCGGACGCCAGAAGGUGCGUGGGAACCAAGCCAGCAGUCAGGGUAAUGGACCAAACAGCCAGGCCAGUCAGGACGGACCAUCACAGAACUUCUCACAGGGACCACUCACACAAGGCUACAUCUCCAUGAGUCAGCCCUCUCAGAUGAGCCAGCCUGGCCUCUCCCAGCCAGAGCUCUCCCAGGACAGCUACUUGGGUGAUGAGUUCAAGUCCCAAAUUGAUGUGGCUUUGUCCCAGGACUCGACUUACCAGGGUGAACGUGCAUACCAGCAUGGCGGGGUAACUGGACUGUCACAGUAUUAAAGUGAUGCCUGAAGAAGGGAGCUAGGCUUGAGCUGAGCUUAGUUCAUCUGCUUUUUAAUCUGGGAAAUAAUAAAAACAUAAAAUGGAUACCUGUUUUCCUCUGCUACAACCGAAGCACCACCGAGUGAACGCGACGGGAUAGCGAAACCAAACAAACGACCAGCGAGAGAAAUGAGAGGGUAGAAGAAGAAGGAGAGAAGGGCACGAAGAGACGGGCAGGGAGGUGGCAGGAGAGGCCGAGUGAACAGGCGGGAGGCGAGAGCCGGUGCCCGUGCAGAGUGGAGGAGGGAAGUCAAAAGAGACGGCGGCGUGUGGUCCAGCUGCUGAGGGAAACAGGAGAGAUCUCAAUGGUCUUUCAUGGGAAUCCAAAUGAGGCGCAACUCCUAACAAAAUAAUCCAUCCAUCCCCUUUUCCCUCGAAGCCUCCAGGAGAUGAAGGAGAACUCUAGAAGUUCUUGCGCUCAUCUUCAGAGAAUGGAGGAUCGUAGCCUUCCAACCGAACGUGAAGAACUAGUUCUCUGAACCUGGAUUGACAUGGCAACAGAAAGCCUCUGACGAGGCGACAAUAAUUCCCCAUGGUCAAAGCUGGUUGGUUGCUCAACCUGUGUGAUGUCCCGGGCUGUUUUAAAAAUUAGGCCAAUCGUAAGGAGGAGAUCGGUACCAACACUGCUUUACUGGGCCCAAAAAGCUGAGAGCAGCCUCUGAGAGAAGCAACGGUCCACACCAUCUUAAAGAGGAAACACAAACAUGGUUUCUGUGCUGAUGUGAGUCUGACAUGAAAGAGCCUGGACUUGAAGUACCAUUCUCUAGCCUUGAGAGCCGCCGGCUCUUUACAAGGUCUUUAUACUAAGGUGGUUUCAACCACACGUCUGUGGUGCAGUGGCACAGGAAUUUCAGACUUUUUUUUUUUUUUUUCUCCAAGGCAUGAGGUGCAAGUCCCACCAAAAUCGUGAUGAUCACGGGACAUGUUUUCUUCUCUGAUGUUCUUUUCUUAUUACAGAGCACAAAAUUGAAAAAAAAAAACAAAAAAAAAAAAACAAGUUAUUGAAACUAUCAAAUAUGACCAGCAUUGAAUAUUCAACUUGGCGUCAUCUGAUGUUUCAGUGAAGGCUUUUCUUUAUUUUAACCUUUUUAAAGCAGGUGUUGGUGACGUCUGGCCGUGCAUCGUGACCAGACGGGGUUUGUUUUUUUGUUGUUUUGUUUUUUUUGUCCCUGCUUUGAUUUGCUUGACUGCUUUGUAUCAAUUUCUUAGUCCACUCAAAUCACACAAGUCACUAUUCAAGAUAGAAGAAACCAAACAAACAUGAUGGAGUCAGUGGGCGUGGUGGUUAUUGAGCCAUUCAGUCCACCAAGGGUUGGAAGAGGAGGAGGAGGAAGGUGGCAGAGGAAGGGCAGGUGUGUGGGAGUUUUCACAUCUAGAAAAGGCCUGUGGGGCAGUUCUGACCUCAGAUGGAUGUGUGUGUGUGUGUUGUGUAACUUUUCCAUUUUCCAAUGGUCACAUGCUGAGAAGGUGUCAGUGGUGACCAAUAGCCUAGAAUAGAGUUUUUAACACAAAGCUCUCAGAUCUGACGUCCCAGAAUAUUGUCCAGUUACUUAAUACUGGAAUUCUCACAUAACUGAGUGCAGAUUUCCCAUUGUGGUUGAAUUAUUUAAUUGACUACUAAAAUCUCUAUCUCCCCUUAGGGGGGAACCGGUCUCCCACUUUGGAAGAAACUGGUCUAAGCUGGCUGGCCUUUUUGUUGCCAUUUGCAGUUCCAAAGUAAACCUUUGGGGGGAGGUGGUGAGACGGUGCUUUCAAGAUCCUAAAGUGUUCAAAAUAAUAUUAAGUGCUAUGCAACAUGCGCCACUAGUGCUGAGGGAAAACAGGUAGGUGAUUAUCUGUACCAAGUCCUACUGAUCCCUCACUAGUUUGUCUUACGAAAACCUUUCAUGUUGCAUAGUAUUUGUUGUGAUAUUUUGUGCAAA